AUGUCAGAAGUAACAUCCAGCGUUAAAAUUUCACGACGUGGGGGUAAAGAAUCCAAAGAUAUCCCAGGGUGUGGGCAAGUUUCUCAGGAGUGUGGUGCGAUUAAUGAUAAACAAUACAAUAACAUAUGGUUGGAAGGAGAUCAUGGCUUCCCAAUACGAGAACGAUCCUUCCCGAAACUAAGGAAAAUCGAGAAUACGGUUGACAAGAAGUAUGGGCUGUGCUACACCAGGAAGAAGAUACACAACACAAUGAUGAUGUCUGAUCUACCAGAUGAUUUGUUAGAGGAGAUACUAUGUCGCAUUGAGGCUACAUCUCUGAAACGCUUACAAUCUACUUGCAAACGUUGGAACCUUUUAAUCAACAGUAAGAGAUUUACAAUAAAACACUUCGAUAAAGCCGCAAAGCAGUCCCUGAGUCUUAUGUUGAAUGUGGAUGGGGUUUACACGGUGAAAUUCCAUCUCCAUAGAUCUCCACAUGUCGAGGUCACAGGUGAAAUUGACCUAAUCUACCCUCAUCCAAGUUUUGAUAAACGCAGUAUCGCUGAAUACUGUCACAGUGACGGCUUACUGUUAUGCGUCUGCGUUAACGAUGUGUCUAAUAUCUCUAAUGAAGAUUUUGGUUUUGUGGUAUGGAACCCGUGUACUGGUCAAACCAAAUGUAUUCAACCCAGAUAUCCUUGCAGGCUAGGCUACACCUAUUCUCUUGGAUCCUACAAAAACAAAAAAUCCAACGAUAGUUGCUACAAAAUAUUGAGCCACACGGGUUGUGACAAAAACUACGAAUUCGAUAUCUAUGAGGUUAGCUCUAAUUCAUGCAGGACUCUCGAUGUCACUUUGGACUGCAAUUUUGAGUUCUGUAGGAACGUGUCUUUGAAGGGAAAGACUUAUUGGUUUGCAUCAGAUGAAAAAACAAUACAGCUCGGCAUAUUCUUAGUCUUUUUUGAUUAUAUCACUGAAACAUUUGGUCGGCUUACUCUCCCGUAUCAGUAUGUAGAGUAUCAAACAAUGUCUCUAUCCGUUGUUGGAGAAGAGAAACUUUCCGUGUUAUUGCAACACGAAGUUUCAUCGAAGACAGAGAUUUGGGUGACAAAAAUGAUUGGUGAGACCAAAGUGGUCUCGUGGAUCAAGGUCUUAGCAGUUGAUUUAAAGCCUGGGCUUCAAACUUUAGAUUGCGUAAAUUUCUUGGUCGAUGAAGAGAAGAAAGUCCUAGUGUAUACUGCAUACGUGGAAGAAAAAGGCCAACACAUGGGAUACAUCGUUGGAGAGGACAAUGAAGUUAUAGAAGUGGCUCUUGGACCCGAGCUUAGUCCUUUUUUGCUUAAUUACGUUCCAAGUUUGACGCAAAUUCAGCUACACGCAAACCUUUCUAUUUAG